UAAAGAUAUGAGAUAAAUAAACAAUACUGAAGCUAAAGAGGAAAGAAAUAAUACUAUACUGGAAAUUGGAAUCAAAUUUUACAGCUGGCGCAUGAUACCAUUAAUUUCACCCCCUGCACAUGGAAAGGAACACUUCAAUGCUGCAGAAACUUUUUUUGAUUUGACAUGGUAAUUGGCAAUCAAGUUCAGUAAUUUUAGCACAAUGGGUAAAGAUUUUAUGUCCUUGUUUCGACGCGAAAGAAAGAGACUGUUGUGGCUUGUAGGCAUUACAUUUGCAGUGAUUUUAGCAUUGCAGUGUUUUGAGCUUCCUUAUGGUAGCCUUCAACCUUCUGUAUUCUCUUCUGACAAGUUACCAGCAUCUGAUAGUAGUGCAGAUCCACCAUCUGUGUCUGAAAUGUCAGUUUUGAAUCAACAAAAUUCUACUGUUGAACAUUUACAUCCCAUUGAGACAGUUAAUAAAACUAAGAUCUCUGAGGAAAAGGACACUAUUUCAGGAACUGGUUACAUGUCAGAACAAGGAACGGUAUCAAACAAAUCUUUAGGAUUUGAUGAGUCCGAUGGAAGUUCUGCAGUGUUAUCAGAAAAUAGUGAUAACAAUUCUAUUGGUGUGAAUUUGACUAGAGAGGUUAACAUUACAUCAGGGUCAGAUCAUAAAUUGGAAACUUCAGAUGCUAAUUUUCAUUCCCCUUCUCACGCAAUACCACCAACAUAUUUGACUCCGCCUAUAACUACGCCUCCGGUGUUAUCAAAUGAUUCUGAAGAAAUUGAUUUCACUGAGGGUGAGAGGGAAAAACCAUCACAAGAUGAUGUGGAUGCAGUGAGCAAGAAUUCUUCUAUCACCAGUGGGCAUAAGGAGACUAAAGAUUCUCAUUUACCAGUUCCAGAAGUAACAUCAAUCUCUGAAAUGAACACGUUAUUGCUUCAAAACCGUGCCUCAUAUCGUUCUAUGAGGCCAAGGUGGUCUUCAGCUGUUGAUCAAGAGCUACUGCGGGUCAGAUCAGAGAUUGAGAACGCACCAAACCUAGAGAAUGUUGAAAAUCUUUAUGCACCCCUUUUUCGAAAUGUUUCCAUGUUCAAGAGGAGCUAUGAAUUAAUGGAAAAGACACUCAAAGUGUAUGUGUAUAGAGAAGGGGCUAAGCCUAUUAUGCACUCACCAUAUCUUUUGGGAAUUUAUGCUUCAGAGGGAUGGUUCAUGAGGUUAAUGGAAGUUAAUAAAGGAUUUCUUACUAAAGAUCCAAAGAAGGCACACCUGUUCUACUUACCUUUCAGUUCAAGAAUGCUGGAGGAAACUUUGUAUGUGCGGAAUUCACAUAAUCAUAAAAACCUGAUUCAGUAUCUGAAUGAUUAUGUAGACAUGAUUGCUGGGAAACAUCCUUUCUGGAACAGAACAGGAGGUGCUGAUCAUUUUCUGGUUGCUUGCCAUGAUUGGGCCCCUACAGAAACAAAGCAUCACAUGGCUAAGUGCAUAAGAGCCCUAUGCAACUCUGAUGUCAGAGAAGGAUUUGUCUUGGGGAAGGACGUGUCCCUUCCUGAAACAUAUGUCCGGAAUGCUCAGAAACCCACUAGAGACCUUGGUGGAAAACCAGUUUCACAGAAGAAAACUCUAGCGUUUUUCGCCGGCGGCAUGCACGGUUAUGUUCGACCGAUCCUUCUGCAACACUGGGAAAACAAAGACCCUGACAUGAAAAUCUUUGGAGUUUUGCCGAAGUCUAAGGGAAACAGGAACUACAUCCAGUACAUGAAGAGCAGCAAGUAUUGCAUUUGUGCAAAGGGGUAUGAAGUUAACAGUCCAAGAGUUGUUGAGGCCAUCUUCUAUGAAUGUGUUCCUGUUAUCAUAUCAGACAAUUUUGUGCCUCCAUUUUUUGAGGUUUUGAAUUGGGAAUCCUUUGCUGUUAUUAUUUUGGAGAAGGAUAUUCCAAAUUUGAAGAGUAUACUACUCUCUAUUCCUGAGAAGAGGUAUCUUCAAAUGCAAAUGAGGGUGAAGAAAGUACAGCAACAUUUCCUUUGGCAUAGGAACCCUGUCAAGUAUGAUAUAUUUCACAUGACACUUCAUUCUAUUUGGUACAAUAGAGUUUUCACUGCCAGAGCUAGAUGAUUUUAGAGACAUGUUUUAGUGCUUAGAUAUUGAUUGAUAAGGUCAUUUUUUUGUGUACAUUUUUAUAGAUCUUGCUGUAAAGAAAGUUAUGUAUAUUCGUAUAUUUGAAAUUGCUUGAAAAUUUGACAAAGAUGUCAAAGAUUCUAUGUAUGAUCAAAUAAAGAACUUCUAUGUCAAGUCAUCAA